GUAAAUCGUUCCACCAGCACCCGUCUGUCAGUUGGUUAUCUCUCGACGGUAGGCUACUACAAGAUCCAGUGCUGUGUUGUUUCAAAAAGGAUCACGUCAGAUUCAUAGAUUAUAGCCUAAAUGGAGCCAUGAGACAAACACGGGGAAAGUAUUGGGAAGUUCAAACGGGAAUUUUUAAAAUCGCUGUCGGAAUGAAUCACCUACAGUUGGGGAGACAGGUUAUAUAGCCAGUUAUCAUGGAUUUAGACAUCUCAUACAGCUCAUACGGAAAGGACAAUGAAACCGAGGACGCACAGUCAGAGAUAGACAGGAGUUAUCACAGUGCAGUAAUGCCCAGCCUCUAUGGGGCCAUCUGUCUGGUCGGUAUUGUCGGAAACUGCAUUGUGAUAUACACCAUAGUGAAAAGAAGCCAGUUCUGUGCACAGCAGACCGUACCGGAUAUCUUUAUCUUCAGCUUGUCAGUGGUGGACCUGCUCUUCCUCCUGGGCAUGCCUUUCCUCAUUCACCAGCUGCUGGGCAUUGGCUCCUGGUGUUUUGGGGCCACCAUGUGCACAGUCAUCACAGCACUGGACUCCAACAGCCAGAUCGUUAGCACCUACAUCCUCACAGUCAUGACGCUGGACCGCUACCUAGCCACUGUGCACCCCAUCCGCUUCAACCAUAUCCGGACACCUCAGGUGGCGGUGGCUGCGGUGAUACUUGUGUGGAUUCUCUCCCUGCUGUCCAUCACUCCUGUCUGGAUGUACGCUGGCCUCAUGCCCCUGCGGGAUAGAUCGGUGGGCUGCGCUCUGCUCCUGCCCGACCCGGCCAGAGACACCUACUGGUACACGCUGUACCAGUUUGUGCUGGCCUUUGCCCUGCCGCUGUCGAUCAUCUGCGUGGUGUUCUUCAAGAUCCUCCAGAGCAUGGCCUCCACUGUGGGGCCGCUGCCCCAGCACAGCCUGCGCAUCCGCACCCGUAAGGUGACCCGCAUGGCCGUGGCCAUCUGCCUGGCCUUUUUUGUGUGCUGGGCACCCUACUACAUCCUGCAGCUGGCCCACCUAGGUGUCCAGAGGCCCAGCGUCGCGUUCCUCUACACCUACAAAGUGGCCAUCAGCUUGGGCUACGCCAACAGCUGCAUCAACCCGUUCCUCUACAUCAUCCUGAGCGACACAUUCAAACGGCAGCUCCUGGAAGCCCUGCACCCGCCAAAGCGCAGCCUGAGGGUGGAGCCAGGCACAGGGGAUGGCAGCCUCAACAUGCGAGAGGGCGCCCUGGACAGGGAUCAUUUCUCCGGGGAUCAGCUGCUCAACCACAUGCUGCCAGUGACAAUGGCUGUGAACUGA